AUGAGGGCUGGGCCAAAGCAGCCCAAGUUGGUCAGCUUUGACGAUUGGGUGUCAGAUGAGGAGAAGGUACACAUAGCUGCUAAAUUCAUCACUUAUGUACCCCCCGGGGAAUGUACUGAAGUAUCCAACCAUGUUCAGCUACUGCUUACUAAUGACAGUCUCAUCAGGGAAGGGGUAGCACAUGCAUUUGCCCAGUAUAACAUGGAUCAGUUCGCACCUGUGAAGAUAGAAGGAUGUGAAGAUCAGGGCUUAAUUACAGAACAUGGUGACCUGGGUAAUAGCAGAUUUUUAGAUCUAAGAAACAAAAUUUCCUUUAAGUUUGAUCACUUACGGAAAGAAGUAAGUGAACCCCAGCCAAAGAAAGCAGAUGGAGGUCUGAAGUCUUGGAGAGACUCUUAUGACAGCACUUUAAGGGCUUAUGUUAAAGAUCAUUAUUCCAAUGGCUUCUGUACUAUUUAUGCUAAAACUAUAGAUGUGCAGCAGACCAUUAUUGUGUGUGUUGAAAGCUACCAGUUUCAGCCUAAAAACUUCCGGAAUGUUUGUUGGAGAUCAGAAUGGAGGUUCACCAUCACACCACCUACAGUCCAGGUGGUUGUAGUACUUAAGAUUCAGGUACACUAUUAUGAAGAUGGCAAUGUUCAAUUGGUUAGUCAUAAAGAUGUACAGGAUUCAGUAACUGUUCAAACUGCCAAUGAGUUUAUGAAAAUCAUAGAACAUGCAGAAAAUGAAUAUCAGGCAGCAGUUAGUGAAAACUAUCAAACAAUGUCAGACACCACAUUCAAGGCCUUGCACUGGCAGCUUCCAGUUACCCACACCAAAAUUGACUGGAACAAGAUACUCAGCUACAAGAUUGGCAAAGAAAUGCAGAAUGCUUAAAGGCUAAAUGUAGAAUUCUUCAGUACGUGGAAAGAAAGGUUUCAAUGUAUGGUCAUAUAAGUGAUUUAUAACCAAGAGUGAUAUUUAGCUAGGGCUUUCAGAGUUAACAGGUUUUCUAGCCUCAUGGAAUAUUGUUGAACCUAUAGCAUUGUCUUGAUACUUUUGUGUUCUCUGCCUUAUAAUUUUCUGUUUUCACUAUAUCUACUUGUAAAUCUUUUUUUAAAUUUUUAAUUCUGCCACAUUGAAUAAUGGAGAAAGAUCUUUCCUGGAGUCAUUUUACUGUUUAGAAAAUUUCCCUAGCCAGGAAGCCCUGUUACUGAUAUAGACAGGUAAUAUGUUCAGUGCUUUUCUACCCCUGUCCUUCGGAUCACACCUCAUACUUCCAUGGUGUAUACUGAUCACCAACAGCUAAAGAGGCUGUGCCACCAACUGUAGCCGAAUGGAAUACACCCUCAUCCUCCUCCCUGCGACUGCUUUGAUCAUCAUUUAUAGCACUGGAUAGCUGUAGUUUUCAAAAGUUUGGAUUGUGGCUUUUCAGGUCCUUUUGUUGUGCCAAAGAAGUUUUCUGGAAAUUCCAUUAUAGCCUUUUUCUCUGGGGAAGUUGUUUUUAAAUCCAAAGACUUGAACCACAUUCCCUGCACAUGAACGUGUUUGCUUUUCCCCCUUCCCUAUUGUCUCCUUCCCAUCUAGUACCAUUAUAGUUGUAGACGCCUGCAUUUUUAGCAGAGUUUUACCAUUAUUUUUUUAAUAUUUAAGAACUGCUGACAUACGAGGGAUGUAGUAGAGUAUCAGACUUGAAAAAUGCAGAUGAAGAAAUAAUAAGUAUCUGUGCUUUAAUGCACGUGGCAGGAUUGUACUAUAAGCAAAUGAAUCAAACAACUCUGUAAAUCACAAAACCUGAAAAUGAACCAAAGUGAAAAGGAUAACUUCCAGGCAGUAUCUUUCUAUUGUAACCUGUUAUUUAAGGGAAUACUAGUGAUUUGUUCUAAUAGGGUGUAAAAUUUGUUCCAUAUUACUUUUCUUCAGCCCUGUCUGCCAAGAACUUAAAUGUAACUGUGAUUUAGCAACCCUUCCCAGGUAUAUUGG